GCUCAACAGCACCCACUUGUUCCAUGUUUCAUUAGAACUCAUAACAUAUAAUUAAUUGUAAGCAGUACGAGCAGCACGACCACUAACUAAAAAACUGCGGCAUGACUGUUACAAGCAGGUGAUUUGACAAUGAGCUGCAUGGCAUUUAAAGCCUAGUUCAUUUCCGGCAGAUCCUGCUUAUCCUUUGCGUGUACUCUCCGAACCCGAAGUCAAGAAAAAUCAUUUUAGAAGGUUUUUAAGGUCGACGUAGCUUGUGAAAACGUUUUCAAGAUCAAGAAAGACAAAGAAAUCAAUCUAAGAGUUGCACCAGUACCUACUUAUUAAUCGUCUUGUUCCAUACAAAGACGAACGACACACUAGAAUCAACCACGAGCAUAAAAGAAAAAUGAAAGGGAAAGGCUCGUCAAAUAAGGGCAAAGGGAAGGCGGCGCCACCGCCUCCACCCACCGACAGCCGACCGAAACAGCUUAAAAGAGGCGAUUUUCGCAAAGGUGCAGCUUUCGAUUUCGCAGCUGAGGAAAAGGCGUUGCAAGAGCGCGCCCAGCAAAUGGACGAAGUCGGAGCCGCUGCCUUAAGUUCAAACUAAUAAUUCAACUUCUGAUGAACAAGAAACUGUCUUUAUAAAUUUUAACAAAGUAGAACUACUAUAUAAUUGUUAUUUCUUGAUGAAGAAACUGUCUUAACCGGUUUUUAGUUUUCCCUCAUCUACUCGUAGACUUAUCCCUUCAAGCAACUGAUGAAGCUGUCUUUAAAAAAGUAGAACUAUAAUUGUUUGAACAAGUGGUAGGAUGGAUAUGAGUACUAUGACUUUCCUCGGUCUUGAGGUAAUGCAUGUCGUUGACUCGUUUUUCAACUUCGUAUAUUAUGUUCUGGCUCUCGGCGGUCAAUAGUACGACCUUUAGUUCACGCUACGCGAAGCCGAACAUGAUAGGUCCCAGCUCUAAUACACUACGAAGGUCCGGCAGAGGAUGCUGCCGCAGGAGCAACGGGAGAGAACGACGUGGAGAUGGUUGUUUGUCCGCGUUGUGAACAGAAAGUUAGAGCAGCUUUUUUUGACGAACAUUGGAGUAGUCACAGUUCUGAGAUUCUGCCGUUUCUCUUCCUAGGUGGGCGACGAAACGCGGAAAACGAGGCUGAGUUGAUCAAGCGGACGCAGAUUACUCAUAUUCUCAAUGUUGCAGUGGAGCUUCGUGACAUUUUGCCACAGGAACUAAAAGGUCGCUUCGUGGAACACACUGUGCCACUCAGUGACAGUGGCGAUGAAGGGAACUUCUUGAAGCAUGCGCGAAUGGCAGCACGAUGGGUUCACGACGUCGUUUCGAACCAUUGUUCCGUUUCGAGCAAUCCAGGACAAGAAACAACUGGAAAUACUCCAAGUACAGCCAAGCCAGGCGUUGACGUUCUUCAUUCGGCUACAAGUACAGCUAAGCCAGCAGACGUUGCGCCGCAAGCGCAAGCUCGCGUCCUCCUGCAUUGCACUCAGGGUGUUUCGCGUUCUGCCGCAGUGACCAUUGCCUACCUUAUGGAGUUCCACGGUUUCCGACUCGAGGAGGCCUACCACUACGUGAAAGCGCGACGCAAGGUUAAGGCUUUCGUCCCUAAUGAUCCAUCUUAGUUACUUCAGAUAGUGCAUCUUGGAAGAGCUGUUCUGGAAGGAGCAAGGAGCACCAAGAAGAUGCGUCUGAUGGCCAGGGACGAUAAGUGUGAGCUCUAACAAGGUGAUUGAUCCGCGACCACAGUUCAUCGAGGAGUUGGGGAGGUUGGAAACGGAGAUUUUGUAUCCUUUGCAACGCAGCUGCAUCAGGAGGUUUGAGUCGGACGGAAAGCAAAGUCUUUCCUCACCUUCUUCAAAGAAGACGACCAGGAGUCCUCGGAACAAUGAUAGAGACGAGGAAUCUCCGAAUACGCGGAUUCGACGGAGUACCUCAGGAGUCGGUGCGCCAAGCUUGACAGUUCGGGAGGUCACGCGAAAUCGAGUUUUCCUAAACUUCGACACGGACUCGGUGAAUGCACGUGCGUACCACAAGGAGCGAGGCGACGGGGGCCGCGACGCGCAAGAAGAAUUGAAAAAGACUGGGCUGGGUGGAAUAGGAGCUUUUCGAAAAUUAGCUCCUGCAAAAAAGGGCGACCACGGAGGAGGUGGGGGAAGCGCUGCCGCACCCAAUGCUCGUGCCGAACAACCCCCAGGCGGAGACGGCGCGACUCCAUCUUCAGCGAGUAGAGGCGGCAAGCCGCAACAAGAAUCAGCAACAUCUUCAUCUGGAAACGGUCCUGCUGAGGCGCGGCUAGAUAAAGGGGAGGGCGAAAAUAAAGACUCGACUUCUUCGAAGGGUACUAGUGGUGGAGGCGGUAAGGGCGCUGCGAUUCCGACUCCUGGUAGCAAAAGCGGACAGAAAGGCAAAGGCCAGAAAAACAACGACAGUCAAGAAAAAAACAGCAAAGGGAAAGGCAAAAAAGGGAAGGAUCAUAGUUCUCGGCCGUCGAUGCAGAUCAGCCGUACUAGCAUUCAGGAAGCACGCAGUGCGUUAAACGCAAUACCAGAUACUACGAAUCGGAGGUGGCAACAUCAUGGUAAUUUUGCUCCGUUUCGGCCGUCCGAGAAUGGCAGAACUUCAGAUGAAUCAACAUCACGACGCUCUUCUCCAGACCGCUCGCCUAGGACCGACACGAGGCGAAAAAGCGAAGAGGAAAUUUUGACCGAAUGGCGAGAACUUCCCGUCAUGCCAGCGAAUGAAGUCUUAGCGCCACCUGUCGCUUGGGACAAAUUAGAGGCCUUUCAUAAAUUGCAGGGUGGAUCCGGCGGCGUCUUCCUUUACAACAUUGCUGGCCGUGUUGUGGGUGGUAAGUUCCAACGAGGGAUCAUGGAAAUGUACGCGAUUUUGCUAGCGCAGAUCAUCGUGUCUCCUCGCCAAAAGUUACUACAUGAUCUGCAAGCGCAAUCAGAAGAUGCAGUAGAUGACGCUCAAGGAGAAGAAGUACAAGAAGAACCUCUAUUUCGCGUUGCCCAGAUGAGAAUAGUCCACUUGUUUCAACCCGAUUCGACUGAGUUUUUCGAUAUGCUGGUAGCGAUCAACAAAUUGCACGUUCGGGACUCUGACGACGAAGAGCGGAAGGAGCAACUCACAGAACUUGGGGACCAAUUGGUCGAGUUCGGGGGUCUAAAUCCCGCAGAAGCAACACGAGCUUCUUCGCAAGGAGGAUCAGGAUCAGCCCCAUCAGCUCCCCAGGCAAUGGCACAACGACGACUAGAACACGACAGCAAAACCGCAGCUGAGAAAGACCGUGCGAAGAGCGAGAGAACUGACGAAGCAGCUGGCUACAUCAACCAGUACAUCAUGGGUGCUGGGCGGCAAUUUUUGGGCGUCUUGGAGGUAAUCAAAGGCGUUCAAACACUCCAGGGAGUCGGCGGGCUGCAUAAGGUGCCACCCGAGUACCACCAGAAAGUCUUUCGGCAACUCGGACAACUCUGUGCGUUUAUGAUGAAUUGUGAUGUGAAUCUUAACUACUUACUUCUGCUUCCACUAAGUCUCCUCUAAUCAGAAGACUAGACUAAGUAGAUGGAAGAAUGUAGGCCGACGCAAUCUAGAAACUGUUAGUUAUCUUCUAAUGCACAUGACGCCUGGAUGAACAAUCUGGACCGAGUACCUCUGCGGAGUUUGUGGAAUAACGAUGGGAACUUGCUAAACGCGCUUAUCGAAAGGGACACCUACGAGUUAGUGGGUAUCGACCAAGCAGUACAGGUGAUCAAGAAUGCAGAUGGUGCUGCAAGAUACCGUGUCAAAUUACAGCGUCUCUGCGAGGAGGUGGCGUCUUCUUCUUCAGCUGCAGCACCACCUAAAAAACCUCUUUCGGGAUCCUUUGGCAAUGGUUCUUGGCGACAAGACCUCUUGGAACAACUCUACAUCUGUACUGGGGUCCAAUUUGAGAAUGUAGAUCCCUUUCUAGAGGGUUUGCGUGCUGGAUUCCGUGGGAUAGCUGGCAUUGGGAAAACAGCGGGGGAAGUGGAAUCGCUCCUGGCUGAGGAGGUGGAAAAUCCCUUGAUGAAAACCUUCGGAGAUGCUUAUUCUUUCACAGGUGAAGAAGCCGACACCUUUCCGGUGGCUCGCGCUUUCCUGUUGUCUAACUGGCAAGUGAUUCAUACCGCUUUUGGUAGAAUUGGCUUUUGAGGAGGCUGUACAACUGGUGGUCAUACAACAACGUAGUUGAAGAACAUGAUCUUCAACGUUCAAAGUAGCGCCAGUAGAAGUACUCCUGUUGUGCAAGAUAAGCAGGUAGUAAUAUGAUCGAUAUUCGUGGUUUUUGAUAUUGGCCCGCCUGGCCUGCUCUACUAUAAAUAUGAUCUGUAUCGAGUUCAUAGUUAGUCUAUCCCCUUAUCUUCAGGGUUCGCGCGUCCUCUGCUCGUCCUCGGACCGCUUCAGGGUGGUUGAGAGUAAUCAUUUGAGACGCACACAUAGUAAGACAUAGUCAUAAAUCAAACGAGCCCAGCAGAGUUGUAUCGACAGGUAGCAUUGGUAUUCAUUGAAGACACGUCGUACCCAAGACAUCGUCAAUCUCCUCAACUACGCAUACAAAUACAUACAACGAGGACAAAGAUAAUAUCAUUUGACGCGCAACAUCAUGGGGAAAAUUAAUCACCUGAUUUGAUCAUUCUCAGGUGGUAUACUAAAAAG